AUGGCUGAACUCGACACUCUGGACAUCGUCGUCCUCGGCGUUAUCUUCCUCGGAACGGUUGCAUACUUUACAAAGGGCAAGCUAUGGGGUGUCACCAAGGAUCCCUACGCGAAUGGCUUCGCUGCCGGCGGCGCAUCUAAGCCGGGUCGCACGAGGAACAUCGUCGAGGCAAUGGAAGAAUCCGGCAAGAACUGUGUUGUCUUCUAUGGUUCUCAGACCGGUACUGCUGAAGAUUAUGCUUCUCGCCUCGCCAAGGAGGGUAAGAGUCGAUUCGGACUAAACACCAUGAUUGCCGAUCUUGAGGACUACGAUUUCGACAACCUGGAUACCGUUCCCAGUGACAACAUUGUCAUGUUCGUUCUCGCAACUUAUGGUGAAGGCGAGCCUACCGAUAACGCGGUCGACUUCUAUGAAUUCAUUACCGGCGAGGAUGCCAGCUUCAAUGAGGGCAAUGAUCCUCCGCUGGGCAACCUCAACUACGUUGCUUUCGGUCUUGGAAACAACACGUACGAGCACUACAACUCUAUGGUCCGCAAUGUUAACAAGGCUCUCGAGAAGCUUGGCGCUCACCGCAUCGGUGAAGCUGGUGAGGGUGAUGAUGGUGCUGGUACCAUGGAAGAGGACUUCUUGGCCUGGAAGGAUCCCAUGUGGGAAGCCCUCGCUAAGAAAAUGGGACUGGAAGAGCGUGAAGCAGUCUACGAGCCUAUUUUUGCCAUUAACGAACGCGACGACCUGACUCCUGAAGCCAAUGAAGUGUAUCUCGGUGAGCCCAACAAGCUGCAUCUCGAAGGCACCGCCAAGGGACCAUUCAACUCUCACAACCCCUACAUUGCCCCUAUCGCUGAAUCUUAUGAGUUGUUCUCCGCCAAGGACAGAAACUGCCUCCACAUGGAAAUUGACAUCAGCGGUUCUAACCUCAAGUACGAGACUGGAGACCAUAUUGCUAUCUGGCCUACCAACCCUGGUGAGGAGGUCAACAAAUUCCUGGAUAUUCUCGACCUCUCUGGAAAGCAGCACAGCGUUGUCACUGUCAAGGCUCUCGAGCCUACCGCCAAGGUUCCUUUUCCCAACCCUACAACCUACGAUGCCAUUUUGCGAUACCACCUCGAGAUCUGCGCUCCUGUUUCACGUCAGUUCGUCUCUACUCUCGCCGCAUUCGCUCCCAACGAUGAUAUCAAGGCUGAGAUGAACCGCCUUGGCAGCGAUAAGGAUUAUUUCCACGAGAAGACUGGCCCGCAUUACUACAACAUUGCCCGUUUCCUCGCCAGCGUCAGCAAGGGCGAGAAGUGGACCAAAAUCCCGUUCUCUGCCUUCAUCGAGGGUCUCACCAAGCUCCAGCCCCGUUACUACUCCAUUUCCUCCUCGUCUCUGGUUCAGCCCAAGAAGAUAUCGAUCACUGCCGUCGUUGAGUCCCAGCAGAUUCCUGGCCGAGAUGAUCCUUUCCGUGGUGUUGCUACAAACUAUCUUUUUGCCCUAAAGCAAAAGCAGAAUGGCGACCCCAACCCUGCACCUUUUGGUCAGAGCUACGAGCUUACAGGCCCCCGCAAUAAGUAUGAUGGCAUCCACGUUCCUGUCCAUGUUCGUCACUCCAACUUCAAGCUCCCCUCGGACCCCGGUAAGCCCAUCAUCAUGAUUGGUCCUGGUACUGGUGUCGCUCCCUUCCGCGGUUUCGUGCAGGAGCGUGCUAAGCAAGCCCGUGAUGGUGUUGAGGUUGGAAAGACACUCUUGUUCUUUGGUUGCCGAAAGUCAACCGAGGAUUUCAUGUAUCAAAAGGAGUGGCAGGAAUACAAGGAGGCUCUUGGCGAUAAAUUUGAAAUGAUCACCGCCUUUUCUCGAGAGGGCUCCAAGAAGGUUUAUGUCCAGCACCGACUUAAGGAGCGAUCUAAGGAGGUCAGCGACCUGCUCUCCCAGAAGGCUUAUUUCUAUGUCUGCGGUGAUGCAGCCCACAUGGCUCGUGAGGUCAAUACCGUCUUGGCACAAAUCAUUGCCGAGGGACGUGGGGUGUCUGAGGCCAAGGGCGAGGAGAUCGUGAAGAACAUGAGAUCAGCGAACCAAUACCAGGAGGAUGUUUGGUCAUAG